CCCCAAACUAAUAAAGCAACUACUGCUAACUCCGCUGAGGUCCUUUUGAGUAUUUAUCCUAUAACUAAACUUCACAAUUACCGCUAUCCUGAGCCAUUUCAUAUAUAUAUCGGAAUAUAUUUCAACUCGAAAGGUGUAAAAGUCGACUCCUAUCAGGCUGAAAAUGGCCGGCCGCGCCAUUCCAUUGUUUCUCGGCUUGGGUGCCCUAGCAUGUGGGUUGCUGGCCGUGUACCUCGAGCCGUUCCGGGCAUUUCUACUCCGGAAUGCGGAUCACUUCAAUGUGGAAUUGCCCUUUUUAAACCAGGCUUCCCCAGUCCUCGUAAUUGACCACAUUCGAGAGAUUACAUAUACUGGCAGACAUCUUGAUGGCGUUGACCAUUUCCAGAACGUCUUCUAUGCACAAGAUACUUCAGGCAAUAACCGUUUUGCACCACCUGUCCCUAUCAAGCAUGAUAAAGGGUCGUCUAUCGAUGCCACGCAGCCUGGUGCAUGGUGUCCGCAAGGGACAGGCGAUAUCUUUCCGUUUACAAGUAAAAUUGUCAACAUCAGUGAAAACUGCUUGAGUCUACGGAUUGCUCGCCCACACGGAACAGCCCCGGGCGCCAGAUUGCCGGUAAUAGUCUGGCUACAUGGAGGUGGUCAUGCUCUAGGAUCAGCCUCAGAUGUCCUAUAUGAACCCACUGGUCUAGUGAAGCAAGCUGCAGCAGAUGGACAACCGGUAAUCUUCGUUGGAAUCAACUACCGCUUGGGUUUUUUCGGCUUCGCAACUAGCAAAGCGUUGGUUGACGCCAAGCAUACCAACGCCGGCAUACGCGACCAGCGCGCCGCUCUUGAAUGGGUUCGUGAUAAUAUCGAGAGCUUUGGUGGCGAUUCACAACGUGUAACUGCCAUCGGUCAAAGCGUCGGGGCUAGCGAUAUCGGUUUGCAGUUGCUUGCAUUCGGAGGAAAUCACCAUGUCCCAUUUCAACAGGCUGUAAUGAUGUCUGGUGCAUCAGGACUGAACUUCAAUACCAAGUCCGACUUGGUGGCGAAGAAUACCGAAGCCGUCGCUCAGGGGGUAGGAUGUAUUAAGAACGGCGACAGUCAAUCAGUAGAGACCGUGCAAUGUCUACGGGAAGCUCCCUUUGAGCUUCUAGCCAAUCUUUCCGUUACAGCUGCCCGUGCCGCGCGGCCACCGUUCGGGGAAGCAUUUUUCUACCCUACCUAUGAUAAUGAUUUCUUAACCGAUAGACCGUCCCAACUACUCCGUGCUGGAAAGUUUGCCAAGGGGAUACCAAUCAUUGCGUCUUGGGUAUCGAACGAGGGUGCUUGGUACGCCCCUCCCACGGCGUCAACCGACGAGGACGUGCUGGCUAGCUUCGGACGAUGGCUAACAGGCCACUCCGAAUCCACGAAAUCGAAACUACUAGAGUUAUACCCAAUUGAAGACUUCGAGGGUAUGGUGCGGCCAGAUUACGACGGACCCAUCACGCCGCAGUACUACCGCGCAGCGCAGCUCAACAAGGACUUGUGGUUUACCUGCCCCGUGCUCGAUUUCGCGUGGCAAUACGUAAAGAACGCCGGCGUAGACGUAUCACAGGUUCGGAUAUACGAGCACAACGCAACGCGAUUCACGCCGGUUUACGAGAUGAUAGGGGUGCCGAUGUGGCGCGUAGCCCACCUCAGCGAUAUCCCGUAUGUGCUAAACGUCCAGCAACUGGCUGGAGGCGCGGACAACUCAGCACACCAACUAGGACUUGCGAAGGCCAUGAGCCGGAGCAUAGUCAAGUUCGUAACAUCUGGGAAGCCUGCUGGCGGAUCUGACGGAUGGCCCGCGGCUUUCGACGGAGCAACGAAGGAAGAAUUGGGGAAAGAGUCCCCAAGCCGGCUUGCGUUGAAACUGUUUGGAGGCCCGUAUGGGGACGCGGCUGUUUCCCUGGAGAAAGAUGGGAGUGAGGCCGUGGGAACUGCGGCUGAACAAGCGGUGAAAUGGGAGAAAAUAUUCGAGAGAUGUGAGUUUAUCAACAGUGAAAAGGUCAGAGAGGAGAGUGGGGUUUAGAGAGUAAGUUUAUAUAAGAGGUAAGUGAAUUAUUCUAGAGAGGAUGGAUUGGAUUAGGCAGUGUUAUUGCAAAGCAAUGAAAAGGGGGUGGCCUUAUUUAUUCUGGAUGCGAACUCAUACACAUGUAUUUUAUGUCUCGCACAUAGAAUUUCGCUCCUUACAAGAUUAUAAGAUAAAAUGAUAUCAAGAAAGAAACCAAUAAAAAUAAAUUCCUAUAAUACA